GAUAAAAAGCUGGGAAACAUCCUAAUUAGAUUACCAACCUGCUAUGAAAGUGUGAUAAAUGUGUAGUAAUUAAAUGAAUUCAUCACAAUACUCAUCGGUUUUCGCGGAAGACACACAAUGGUCCAGCCUGCACUGCACCAAGGACUCGCUCACUGAUGUCUUCGGGUGGUUUUUGCAGGGUCUCCUGGCGGGGAUUGCCUUCCUCUGCCUCAUAGUGAAGCGCUUCUGCGAGCCAUCUUACGUGCGCCGCUCCUGGGAGACGUGGUGGUAUGACACAUCGAAGCAGGGCAUCGGGGCGCUGGUCAUACACAUGACCAACGUCUACCUGGCGCCCCUCUUCCAGGGCGACCCGUGCACCUGGUACAUCAUCAACUUCCUCCUGGACUCCACCAUCGGCCUGUUCAUCAUCUACGUGGGAAUUCGGGUGUGCCAAUAUCUGGCCCGCAGUCGCCACUGGGACGCCAUCAACUUCGGGGAGUACGGCGCCCCAAAGUCCUGGAUCUACCAGACGUGGAUCUACAUUGGGUUGAUGGCAAUCGUGAAGCUAAUCACCACAAUCUUCAUUCAGAUGGACUUCUGGGACAACGUGAAGAACUUUGUCCUCUCUCCAUUUUCUGAUCCAAAGAUCGAAUUGGCUGUCGUCAUGCUCAUAAUCCCAUUCUUUGUCAAUAUGCUGAUAUUCUGGGUGACUGACAAUUUCCUGAUGCGCCACACGCGGAAGAACAAGAAGCGACUCCAGGGCGGGACAGCUGGUGAUCAGAGCAUCUUGCAGCGCGUGAAGGUGAAGUAUCGCUCCAUCCGCAAGGACAGCCGCGAGAAGGUGGUGGAAUCAGAGUCGGAGGCCUUGAUUUCCGGCGAUGAUGAGCCUCUGGACAGUCCGUCCACCACGACGAGCAGCGUAGAAGUGGCUGAUCAGAAGGUGUCGCAGCGCCAGAGCGUAGUCGGAGUGGCGUGAAUUACUUCUAAUCAGCAUAUCGAAAUAAUUUCACCCACAUUUCCACUCCGGAUUGUGGCAAGGUGGGCGGGGAGUCAGCGUAGAUUGUAAGUACACAGAGAGAACCCUAUGAAUACUGAAUGGAGAGCAAGCGAAUGGUGUGAUAGGUGUUUGAGAGCGAUGAAACUAUCAUUAGACUGUAUAUAUAGGAGACAUUUAUUGAAGGGUAACACAUUGAUAAAGUGAACGAGGCCUUAUAUCCCAUAACAUUAGCUAGAGAACUUAGAACCUAACACUUUUGUAACAUCCAAGAAGCAACCAAAAUGCCAAAACGACACGGGGACUUUUUCCACCACCCAACAGAAGGAGCAGAAAAUUGAGAGUCUCAGUGUGUGGAAGGGUGGCUUUUGUACUUUAAUAUCGAUUGAUUAUAUACACAAUUGGAGGUAAACGGAUUUAUCUUGAAGUCUCUCUCUUUUCGACGAUAUUAUUUCUCUUGAAAAAACGAACCAUCAGACAAUAUCCGGCGAUGCGAUUGCAAAUUUUUAACUGAUAUUUUUUGUAUGCCAGCGUAUUUUUGAAAUAAAGGAAGAAAAGACGUGCUGUACAUAAAAAAAAGUGAUAACAAGUGU